CCGCCCUGCACACCCGACCCAGCAUGCUCGCGACCGUCGUCGGCCAUGGCCUCUUCCCGCUCGGACUUCUCCUGUUGACUGUCCUCCUCCUUCCGCCAUGCUUCCUCUCCGGGCGGAUCGACGCCUUCAUCGAGGCCCUGCUCUACGCCUUUGAGUUUGCGGGUCUCUCCCUCGUGCUCUGGGUCCUCUGCAUGGGUAUCUUCUUUCUCGCGAGUACGUCCCGUCACCAUCGUCCAUGUCUUCUCAUGCAUGCGGCGCUAGUGCAAGCGUAUCGCGGAGACUGCAUCGCUCUCGACGACGAUGCGACGCAGUCCCUCAAAUGGAUCGCCCAGCGAAACUUUUGGAUGGGCGUGAGCACCGCCAUGACGUAUUUGGCGGUGCUUUUCGUCCUCUACUUGAAGAAGCAAUUGGUUGACAUGACCUGCCGCCGCUAGUCCAUCCUGCCUUGUCUUUCUCCUCGUACUUGAGCUCCGUGCAUCCUGCAUCAUCGACGUCGUCCAAGCAACAAGCAGUCAGCGAUACAAUUUGACGCUUAAUAAAACCAAAAUUCGACGAUA